AAGUGCUGAGAUUAGAGACAUGUGUCACCAUGCCUGGUUUAAAAACAUUUUUCUUUUGAGAGAGGUUCUCACUAAAAUACUAAAUUACUCAGCCUGGGCUUGAACUUGCAGUCUCCUUUCUCAAGCUCCUGGAGUGCUGGCAUUACAUGCAUACAUACCACGUCCAGUUUAAUUUUGUUUAGGAUUUAACAUAAUUCUUUGGUCAGAUACUGAAUUUUCAUCAAUCCUUCUUUGGUGACUAACCCUGGAUACUGGGAUGUUUCUCUGAAAACACUGGAGAGUUUUAUUUAUUUAUUAUACUUUAGUCUGCUCUUUAUUUUAUUUAUUUAUGUCUUUUUGAGACAGAGUCUUGCUAUGUUCAGACUGGCACCUUAAGCUCAUUUUGUAAUCCAGGUUGGCCACAAAGUCCUGGUGACGCUCGUGCCUCAGCCACCCAAGUGCUGGGAGUACAGGCGUGCGCCACUGUGCCUGGCAAAUGAGAAUUAACCUGAGUUGGAGGAAGGUCCUGGGGGCUUUAGCUGUUCCUAAAUUGGAGUAACAGUGGACAGAUAGAUAAUUUAACCAGCCCUAAAUCCCAUUUAUCCUGGCCUUUUCCAUGUGGCAAAAACACUCGCUGUCUUCCUUGAUUCAUUUUUCCUCAGCCUAUCGAUGCAUUCAUCAGUGAGGGCUUUUAACCUUCAGAAUGUCAAAAUCAGACCUCAUUUCUUGUCCUCUCUGCCCUACUCCCUCCUAAGCCACCAUCAUCCUCUACCUGGAGUUUGGUGCCUCUGUCCGGAACCUUUCCGUGGCUCCUGUCUCACUCUGCAGAAGCCCAGGUUCUCAGCACAAUCUGUCCCUACCCGCCCUCCUCCAAACGACCUCCCAGCUGUGCCUCUCUGCUUUUGCUGGGUCUGCACAGUUUGCUCGCUGGCUGAUUCCUUAUUUUAUCCCUGCCAGCACUCAUAGGUGGUUUUAUCUUAGCAAUUCUUCCUGAGCCCUCCAUCUGGAAACCACCAGCUGGGCAAAUCAUGUCCCCUGUGCUCGGAGCUCUUUCUUUCCUGACCUGCUGUGGUCACUCCACUUCCCUGAUCUCGGAAGGAAUCUGUGCCUCACUGGACUGUGAGCCCAAGAGGGCAAACCCUUUUAUCUCAGCCCUAGAUGUGUUCUCAAGAUUGCCCCAGCCUGGCCAUACCCUGAAUAGCAGAUAUGUAAAUGUGUGUUAGUCAUAUUGGAUAAAGUAAAAGGGUCUGCCUUUCUUUCUCUUUCUUUCUUUCUUUCUUUCUUUCUUUCUUUUCUUCCUUCCUUCCUUUCUUUUUUCCUUCCUUCCAUCCUUCCUUCCUUCCUUUCUUUUUUUCUUUCUUCCUUCCUUCCUUCCUUCCUUUCUCUCUCUCUCUCCCUUUCUUUCUUUUUCUUGUCGAGACAGGGUUUCACUGUGCAGUGCAGGCUAGCUUUGAACUCACUUCGUAUCCCAGGCUGGCCUGGAACUCUCAGUAAUCCUGAGUCAACCUCCCUUGUGCUGAGAUUACAGGUGUGCACCACUACACCUGGCUUUUAUUUUUGUCAUGAUUGGCUUUGACAUUCUAGAAUCAGGAGCCACUUUCAUGAAAUUGAAGAACUGUUCUUGGAUAGGUCCAUUUUUAAUUUCUUGCAAUACUGAGGAUCAAACCCAGUGAUGUUCUGCCGCUGAGGUACAUCCCCCAGCCUUUUAAAGUUUUGAGACAGAAUCUCACUAAUUUUCCCAGGCUGGCCUCAAACUUGCUACCCUUCUGUGUCAACCUCCUUAGUAGCUGGGUUUACAGACAUGUGCCUCCAUGCCCAGCAGGACUAGUGAAUCCUUUUUUUUUUUUUUUUUUCUUUUUUGGUAUCAGGCAUUAAACUCAUGGUCUUGCAAGUGCCACGCAGGUGCUUGUGCUGCUGAGCUGAAUCUGGCCCUUCGCCCCCCCACCCCUCACACUUAGGGACUAAAAGGCCUGUAAAGAUUCACAGGCCUUUAACAGCUAUUUACCUGCACCGCCUUGCCCCCAUCUCCAUUAACUGGGGUGGGAUGGAGCUGUAAUCCUGCUUGUCCCUCUCAGAAGGUAAUGAGGCAGCUCAUAGACAGCAUAUGCUACCUGCCAUGUAAUGCUUUCUCCAUCAGAAAAGGAAUGGCCCCAUGAGAUUAUAGUGGAGCUGAAAAGUGAAUAAUACAUUGUGGCCCUGCAACAUGGCGGCACGGUGUACCCACUCUUUUGUGGUGAUGCUGGCAUAACACAUUACUGCACAGCCAAGUAGUGUAUGACUGUCAUCCCAGUUACUUGGGAGGCUGAGGCAGGAGGAUCCCAAACUCAAGGCCAGCCUGGGGAUUUUAGUAAGAUCUUGUCUUCAGAAUCCUAAAAAGAAUUGAGUAUGGGGAUGCAGGCCUCUAAGCCUAGCACUCUGGAAGGCAGAGGCCAGAGGAUUGGGUUUGAGCCUAGCCUGGCCACCUUAGCCACUUAGCAAAACCCUGUUUCAAAACAAAAAAAAAAUACAAAAAUGGUCUUGGGAUGUAGUUUAGGGAGAAGGCCCUCAGCUCAAUCUCUAGUACCACAAAGAUAAAGUAAAAUAAAAAAUUUUAAAAUCUGGAGAUGUAGAGGGCUUGCAUGGUGCCCUGGGUUCAAUUCUCAGUACUGAACAACAAAAAGAAAAAGAAGGGGGAAAAAAAACCCAACCAAACAACCAAAACCACAGGAACAACAACCACAACAACAAAACACACUGAUGAAUGAAGGGCUGUUUAUUUACUAUAUUAUUUAUUGUUAUUUUAGGGUAUAUUAUUUUCUUAAAAGUAAGAUCAAGAUCUUUUUAAAAUUUUCACGUUUAUUAGCACAUGUUUGCAGUGCAUAAUGAUUUCAUUCAUCAUAGGGAGCUAUAUGUGCAUGUAACACAUUUCAGUUCUUUUUACAUCCCUUUCCUCUCGGGACAAAGUCUUGCUAUCCAAUUCAGGAUGGCCUUGGACUAGCUUUACCAAUGAGCUCCAUGCCGCGGAGCUAAAUCCCCAGCCCUGCCCUUUUUAUUUUUAAUUUAAGUCUUUGUAAGUUGCCCAGACUGGGCUCAAAAUCCUCCUGCCUCAGCUUCCUAAGUGCUGGGAUUAGAGGCAUCUACCACUGAGCCUGGCUAGAGGUUUUUAUUUUAAUGCUUCAUUUCACAGACAAAGGCCCAGAGGUUGUCCCAGAAGAGCAGUGACCCCUUCUUAAUCCCCCAAAGAGUUGCAACCCAUCCACCUGGGUUCCCUGAGUCUCUGUCUCAUCCUCUCUGGCAGGGGUUAGACAGACAGUAUGGCUUGCAGCCUGGUUUUGUUUUUUGUUUUUUCUUUUUGGUACCAGGGAUCCAACUCAUGACCUCACCCAGGCACUUGUGCUGCUAUGCUAAAUCCCUGGCCCCCCAUAGUGGUUUUUUUUUUUUUUUUUUUUGUAAUCCUCCUACCUCAAUUUCUCAGAGUGCUGGGAUUAUAGGCCUGUGCCACCAGCCCUGCCUUGGUUGAAAACUCUUACUUUUUUCUUUGAGGCUUGAAAUGGUAUAAACUUGAGUGCCUUUGGAAUCACCUCCCUUCUGCGUCUGGCCCUGCUGCUGCUGCCCAGUCCUUGUGCUUCAGCAGUCCUCAAGGCUUAUGUUCUCUUUUCCUUGGUACUAGUGAUGGAAUCCGGGCCCUGCACAUGCUACGCUAGCAAUCCACUGCUGAAUUACAGGCUGCUGCUUUUUGUUUUGACAUAGGUCUCAUUAAAUUGCUCUGGCUGGCCUUGAACUUUCAGUCUCCUGCCUCAGCCUCGGAACAUCUGGGAUUACAAGUCCAGCACAAUGCAGACUCCUCUAGCCGUUCCAGUGCCCGUGCUCCGGCUCCCCCGUGGCCCUGAUGGCUUGAGCCGUGGCUUUGCCCCUGAUGGUCGCAGGGCCCAUUUGAAGCCAGGAGCUCCUGAAAGCCAAGAGUGUCCUGUAGGUCAAGGAUCUCAGGAAUCCCAGGAACAGCGCGUGCGAGCUGCCCUUCGGGAGCGCUACCUACGAAGCCUGCUGGCCAUGGUGGGUCGCCAGGUGAGCUUUGCAUUGCACGAGGGUGUGCAUGUGACUGCCCACUUCGGAGCCACCGACCUUGAUGUGGCCAACUUCUACGUAUCACAGCUGCAGACUCCCAUAGGCGUGCAGGCGGAGGCUCUGCUUCGCUGUAGUGACAUUGUUUCAUAUACCUUCAAACUCUGAAGACACGACUGCGCUCCCCAUCCCGCUGUGGGCCUAACUGCGGGAUCUCAGGCUUCCUUCCAAAUGUUCUGACCAGGAACUCUGGACCUGAGGAGCUCUGGGCUCUCCUGGAAUUCUAGGCAAGCUCCAGGCAUCUGUGGCUGCUGAGGACCUCCAGGGUUUACUCAGUAAAACUGCAGCCCCAGGAAUUCCUAUGCCACUGAAAGGACUGUGCUGCCUUACAGAGCUCUGAACGCUACUGAAUAUGGGCCAGGUGUCCAUUCCUGAAGACGGGGUGGAGGGUGGGGCUGAGGGAGGGCAAAUUGUAAAGCAGCCAACUGUAUUCAAGAGGUUGCAAAAUUCUGCAUUGCUCCCCUCCUGCUAAAGAACCAGUCAUCCCAGGA